AUGCGCUCCGCUAUCGGCUAUAACGAGAACGGCAAGAAGGGCAACCACGGGUAUCAGAUCGACGUGGACGUUAUCGAUCCAGAUCUGCUCCACGUCAUUCCCGCGUAUCACGGGAUUAUAUUUCACUCCAUGGCUUGGUGGAUGCAGAACGUUCCCGGAAGGAGCAAGAAGAAUAGCUAUUUCCGCGGCGGGAAGCUGGUCGAAGUUUCCGACGUGGACGCGUAUCGCGAGGCGAUGCACAAUCUCGGGCAGCACCUGAAAAAUAUGGACUACCCGGGCGUGCCGUAUUUCGUCUCGUCCUCUCCGAAGCACUACAGCCCGCCGGCGAAUGCCACCAAGGCCGGCGCGUGCGGCGCGACGUCCGUAGUUAAAGCCGCCGUCGCGCAGCUAUACCCGACCACGCAGGAGACGGAAAACUUCUACGCGAUGCAGAAGCUGUCUUUAACGGGUACGGGCAGCCCGAUGCGGCUCCUCCGCGUGACGCGCCUGAGCGCGGUGCGGCCGGACGGGCAUCUCGGCCUGUGGAGCGACGACAUCGUGCGGAACCCGGAAUUUAAGGAUCUGACGAAGCGCAUGGAGAAAUGGCCGGGGGAUUGCACGCACUGGUGCCUGCCCGGCGUGCCCGACGCGUGGGUGUCGUGGGAAGGUGGGGCGCAGGAGGAGGAGCAGGAGGAGCAGGGGGAAGGGGAGCAGGAGGAGCAGCAAGGGUAG